AGCCGCAGGUAGUUCGGUUGCACUCGCAGCAGGCCUGCGUCGGUGUGCGGCGGUGCCACCGGAGCAUCCGGAGCCCAGUGCGUGCAUUUCCCCGGCCGAGCGCAACAAUGCGGCGCUGCUGGAGAUAAAACGAAGACUGAAACUCCCCGGAGAUGUCAGACAGAGCUUUUAAAGUCACAUUUAACCCGAGAAGAUGUCAGAUGUCAACAAGACCGUGCAGAAAUGGCACGCCAGCUUUAAAAAAGGCACGGACUUUGAUUCGUGGGGGCAGCUGGUGGAAGCCAUCGAUGAAUAUCAAAUACUCGCCAGGCAGCUUCAGAAAGAAGUGCAGUCUUCAAACUCACACGAUUUCACAGAGGAGCAGAAGAAAACCUUGGGAAAGUUUGCCACAUGCCUUGAAAUGCGAAGUGCAGCCUUACAGUGCACGCAAUCUCAAGAAGAGUUCAAGCUGGAAGACCUGAAAAAACUGGAACCCAUUAUUAAAAAUAUUCUGACCUACAACAAAGAUUUCCCUUUUGAUGUCCAACCAGUGCCUUUGAGGAAGAUUCUUGCUCCAGGUGAAGAGGAAAACUUGGAUGUUGAGGAGGAUCUGGACGCUGGUACUGGAGCAGGUUCAACGCCAUCAUUCACUUCACGACUUCCAGGUUCUCUAUUACCGCGCUUGCCGUCGGAGCCUGGAAUGACUUUGCUGACUCUGACGAUAGAGAAGAUCGGACUGAAAGAUGCAGGACAGUGUAUCGACCCCUACAUUACAGUCAGUGUUAAAGAUCUGAACGGCAUAGACUUGAACCCAGUCCAGGACACACCCGUGGCCACGCGGAAGGAGGACACGUAUAUUCAUUUUAGUGUGGAUGUGGAAAUCCAGAGACAUCUAGAAAAACUACCCAAAGGCGCAGCUAUUUUCUUUGAAUUCAAGCACUACAAACCCAAGAAAAGAUUCACCAGCACUAAGUGUUUCGCGUUCAUGGAAAUGGAUGAAAUCAAACCAGGUCCCAUUGUUAUUGAGCUGUACAAGAAACCGACCGACUUCAAGAGGAAAAAACUCAACCUCUUGACGAAGAAACCACUUUACCUGCACCUUAACCAGACUUUGCACAAAGACUAAAUGAUCUUAAAACCAAACCCAUGACUGACACAAAUGACUGAUUUUCUUUUGGUGCAUCACCUCUCUCAUUCCUGGCAAUAUUGGACACUUUUCCUCAGAUCUUCAAGCUGAAGUUUGAGAUUUAUGGCAUCUUCAUCUGCAAGAGAGACCAGUAUAUGAGACGGAAACCAUUUCAAAACCUCACAUGUGUAUAAAUACUGCACCGUGGGAUUAUUUCUGAAGAAAGUGGAUGGAUAACUUGAUGUUUAGGCAACAUUCUCCAUUGUUUUUUUUAAUAUUUUUAUUUUAUUAAUGAAGCAGCUCACCCUCAUAUUCCAAACAUACUGUUUUAAUUGUACUUUUUUUCAUGCAGUGGCACUUAAUAAAGCAUAAAAAAGACAGAAACGUCAAAAAUAAAUCAUGAUUUUAAAAAAACAUUGUUUAUUUCUGUCUAAAAGCAUAUGAAAGCUUUAUACAAGCAGACAGAAUUAUAAUAAUUCACUCACAUUAAGUAUUAUUCAACAAUCAUUUUCUGAGAAUUUGGUCCCUAUAAUUAAUAAAUAUUAGCAUCCAGUUUUGCCUUGAGAUUUAUUAAUAACUUAUUUUGACGAGCAUCAUUUGUUCUGCGAAAGGAAAAUGGGCAUAUAGAUACGUUUGGAACUAUAUGAGGGCGAUUGUUUUUUUUAGAUUAGCCCUAUUAUGAAUGGUGUUUUAGCAUUCUGCUAAUGCUACAUAGUCAUGGAGUAUAUCUUCACAAAACAACACUGACAAAGUCAUCAUAAGUUGUAUUUUCAGAAAUGUUUAAGCGUUUCUCAAAUAAUUAUUCAGUUUUGUGUUGAUAUUACCUGGCUAAAACUACGUUAGCAUUAGCAUUCAUUUGAAACGUAGCCUUUGGAUUAACAUUUUUAAAAACGCAUCCCCCUUAUCGAAGUAAAUGUAAUAAACAUUUAUAAUAAUAAAUAAGAAAAGCCAGUAAAUAUUAAUUUCGACCGAAAGAAGCAUCUGCAUCAUUGUGGGGUUUUAUAAUUAGCUCCAUUUCCUUGGUUAGAGGAAUUUUACUGAGGGAUAUUUCUCGAAAUGUUUGGUUUCAACCGAGUUUACAUAAAACAAAUAGCCUACAUUCUGGCGAGCUCAUCUAAUUUUUUAGCUUCAUUUUUUACCGUUUCUGACAGGAUCUUACCUGAUUAUAAAUGAUUAAUAGUAAUAAAUGUGUUUUCCCGUCAGCCAGUUUAACGAUGUUGUGUUGUCAGUGUUGAGUCCCGCCAAAACAGAAUGAAGCAAGUUCAGUAAACGAAAACUUUACACAUUGUGGACGGCUUUAUCAUAAAACGUGUAUUAUUGCACAGCUUUUUUCAUGUCUCAUUUCUAAUAAAUGAUACUGCUGCUUGAA